UGUUGUCACUGGCCAGAGAGAGAGGGAGGGAAAUAGAGAGAGAGAGAGAGAGAGAGUAGAGUUUUGUCCCAUAUGUGGAAAAAAAGCAUAGCAGUGCACACACACGUCUGCUCUGCUCCAAGGAUUAUCGUAGCGCUUUCAGAUCUGAUGGAGGAAAUGCAGGCAUGAACAGGGCUGUUCUGUGGUCAGUGCGAGCUCAUGCUAGUGAUGGACUACAGCCGGACGGACGCUAACCAUAGCUGGCAUUCACAAAACAUCGUUCCCCCUUACUGAGACCAGCCCCACAGAAUGCUGAGUCCUAUUGUCCCCUAUAGCCUGUUAAAGAUGCACUGGAACCCAGAGCAUGCCCAGCCUCUCAGCCAGUGGCCUGAGCAGCACCUGGACGUCUCCUCCACCACUUCCUCCCCGGCUCACAAGUCGGAAUUCUACUCUGGCCGUGGCCGCGGCUCCUACAACUACGCCUGGGCCAAUGAUGACAUCUCUGCUCUUACAGCCUCCAACUUAUUGAAGCGCUAUGCUGAGAAGUAUGCUGGUGUGCUGGACUCACCGUAUGACCGGCCACCUGCUGUGGGCACCUACCCAGAGCCAGGGGCCUUUGCGGGUCUCAAUGGCCAGAAGACUGAGUUGGAGCCCUGGCCACUGACGCACAGCACUGAUGCCUCCUAUGCCCUGGUGCCCCCUGGAGGCCAUGAUAGCCUCUCAGGCUCCAAGGCUGUAGCCACAACUGCGGGCCCUCCAGGGGUUAAUAGCGUGUCAGUGGUGAACAGUAACCUCUCAGACUCUGGCUACAGUGGAAGCAGCUCCUGCAGUGGCUCCAGCGAGUACCCCACUAGCUACAAUGGCACCUAUCUUUCCUCAGGUUACUGUCCGCAACCCAGUGCAGCACUUCCCCCUGCCUCUCUCCACACUCUCCAGUCCACCCCCACUCUGGUGGCCAGCUAUAGUCCUACCACACCUGUCUAUAACUACCCCCCUAGCACAUACCCUCCCCAGACCAGCCUUGCCCCGACCUACAGCCAUCCCUCUGCAACUUACCUGCCCUCAGGUCUGCCGGCCCCUACUCCUGUUCCCUCAAGGCCCACAGUGGUAGGUGGAAGCUAUAGCUACCAGAGCACCAACCUUGGGACACCUGAGUCUGGAGGGACAUUAAAAAGAAAAGCAUUUGAGAUGAGUGUAGAAGAAGAUGAAAGCGGGGAUGGGUCUCGUUACAGAAAAUAUAGCUACGACCCCUUGAAGGGUGGGGGAAACUCACCCUACAGUGUGAAUGACAAAACGGAGUGCCAAGGGAAUGGCUUCAGUGGUUCAGGCAGCACAGACCCUCAAACCUUCAAGACCAGUAAGCCUCCCUCCCAGCCUCUGGUGUCUCCUCAGUAUGGGGCAGCAGGGGAGUACAGCCCUCCAGCCGGCAUGACAGGGGAGAAUGGCGUGACGGAGCAGGGCUUCAUCCAACAGCAGCAGCACCGCUCCCAGGCCCACAAGCAUCCUUCAUUGUGUGCUCCAAAUGUAGAGACUAUGAAGAGCCCAGACCCCCAACUAUUGGACCUUGUCAAUGGGGAGUUAUUGGACUGCAGCCCAGCGCUGGGCUGGGGUGAACUUGUUGGGCUUACACAUGUCAAGACUGCUCUGGAGGAGGACCUUCUAUGGCCCGUGCUGAGACCCAGUCCAGUGGUGCGGCCACCAAGAACCGUACUGCUGUUUGGCCCCCGAGGAGGGGGUAAGACAACACUGACUCGUUCUUUGGCUUCACAGCUGGGGGCUUCCUUCUACCGCCUGAGUGGAGCCAUGCUGGCCUCUAAAGGAAAGGCUGAGGCAGAGCACAUUCUGGGGUCUCUUUUGCAAGCGGCAGGGGCACGGCAGCCCUCGGUGGUGCUGCUCAGCCAGGUGGAGGCCAUGGAAGAGGAGGGGCUGAGGCAGACACUGCUGACCAUGCUGGAGAAAGCCCAAGUGGGCUCCACAGGUCUGGUGAUUUUUGUAUGUGCCACUGGCAGGCCAGAUCUGCUGCAAGAUGCAGUUCAUCGGAGCUUUACCAAGCGGUAUCACGUUGGCCUGCCAGAUGUGGGUAUGCGCAGGCAGGUGCUGCUACAGGCGCUGUCUCCCAGCGUCUGCAGCCUUAGCGAGAGGGAGCUGAGCGCUGUGCUGCAGCGCACAGAGGGGUUCUCAGUGUGGGAGCUGCUUCAGCUCAGCCAGCAGGCACUCUCCUCAGCAUCACCUUCCACUGGGGCCAUUCAUGGUCUCCCAACAUCCUCCAAACCCCCAGCCUUCGCAGACAUUGAGAAUGCCUUCUGCAAGGUGCGCCCACACACCACCACAAAAGAACUGGACACUUGUAAAGAGUGGAGCAAGAUGUAUAACCACUGAGAAAGCAGCCAGUCACUGUACUCGGACUGCAUUACGACCCUGUCUCUGCUUUGACAUGGCAAGCCUUGGGAAUGUUUUGUUUUUGUUUUGUAAUUGCAGAUUAUGCAGCCAAAUGAGCCAGAGGAGCUCAACGAUACUGCAGAGCUGACAAAGUUGUUUUAUUGGCAGAAGCAUGCACAGUGUGCUGGGUUUUUUUUUUUGUUUUGUUUUUGUACGAGUAUCUGCAAUGUUUUAUUUUUCCCAAAGAAAAAAAGAUGAAUAGGCCUUGUUGACUGGGGUAGUGUAUUAGUCUUUUGGCCAAUGGGGAAAUCAGAUUAUAUACUAUUUGGAUACUCUCAGAGAUCCUGAUUAGCCUUGGUCCAGGACAAAAUCAAUAAUUUGUUGCUAGGUGAAGUGGUCCAAGAUUUUGGAUAAUCAGGGUUUGGAAAUCCCCCCUUUGACUGCUAUUCUCAGGAUUCUAUUUAUUUCCAGUUCACUUCCAUGUUAUCCCAAUGUUGAUUUAGUCAUUGGAUUGUCACUUCCUGUUCAGCACGAAGGGCUUGGGAUCAGCAACAUUUCAGCAAACCACAGUUGUUGACCAAAAGCACGUUCAACCAAAUGCAUGAUCGGUGGUGUUAUAUUUCUCAGAAGGUCUUCAAAAUCACACUAAAUUAAUUCUUCUCGACAGCUUUUCACCAAAUCA